AUGCUGCCACCUAACCUCCUGGGGCAUUCGAGGGUGUUUUUGCUCCUGGUACUUGUCUGCUUCGCCCAUGUGCGGCGGCGGCUCUCCAACACCCCGUCCUUUCGCCGCUCGCUGCUCUCUGCUCUCCGUGAGAGGUCUGCAGACGAGGAGGAUGCCGUCUGGGCAGACCAGCAGCGCGAAGGCCGGGUCUCCGACGCAGUGUUGUCCUGUCCCGGUUGCUUCACCACCCUAUGCAUCGACUGCCAGCGUCACGAAAAGUACCACCACCAGUACCGGGCCAUGUUUGUGAUGAACUGCGCAGUGGAGGCAGAGGAGGGGUAUGACCCGACAGCGGGGGGCCAGGCAGGCAGUGGCGGCGGCGGCGGCGGCGGCGGCGGCAGGCGGCCUAAACGCGCGCGUGGCUCAGCGCGAUACCGCCGAGUAACGUGCGGUGUUUGCGGAACGGAGGUAGGGGCGCUGGAGGUGGAUGAGGAGCUCUACCACUUUUACCACGUCUUCCCUAGCAAUGCCUAG